AGAUACAAGGCUCAUCAUCUCUCUGACCCUUAAAACUGACGUUUAAGUAACGCUGAAAUCCAUAUUCUUCAACUUUCCAUUAACCGUUAUGUGGUUUAUGGAUGAGCAUUCUUGGAGUAGUCGGUUCAUAAUAUUGUCAGCUGAGUUAAAAAUCCGCAAACUAAUAAUAAAACCACUAACGCCCCUGUCUUCUCCCCAGACGUGAGUUGUUGAAAAGUCCAAACGUUCAUGGGCUCUUUUAGCCAUGAAUAUACUUUUCUUCAAAUCAAUUAUCCGAAGGAACUCUUGGUUCACUUUGAAGUCUGUCGUCUUCUUUCUUUCUCAAUCCAGUCCAUUCUCUUCUUACAAACUAAAACUGAAUCCUCCAAGCAACAAACUAAACAGAGCAUUGAGAAUCAAGGACAUUUUUAUAUCCUCGAAAUCAACCCAUUUCACUUCCCGCCAAAACCAUCUUCGUCUCAUCCAAGAUUUUUUAGAAACUGACUCAGAUCAAUUUACUGCCCAAAAUUGCUUCAACAAUUUGGGUUUUUCAGAUUCCUCAACAGAAAAUCUCCCAGUUUUCUUCAAUGAUAUUCUAGAGCCUCCUUGUACAAAUAAAAAGAAUUCCAAAUUUAAUCCAAUUGUGUUGUCAAAUGCUUUAAGUUCAUGCGCGUCAAAACAUAACCUUUGCGGUGGAAUUCAGUAUCAUUGCUUAGCAAUAAAAACUGGGGUUUUCAGCAACGUUUACGUAGGAAGUUCUUUGGUUGCUUUCUAUGGAAAAUCCGGGGAGUUGGAGAAGGCUUAUAAGGCGUUCGAAGAAAUGCCCGUGAAAAAUGUAGUUUCAUGGACUACAAUUAUUGCUGGAUUCGCACAAGGAUGGCAAAUUGAUAUGUGCUUGGAGCUAUAUAAUAUGAUGAAGAAUUUGACUUUAAAACCAAAUGAUUUCACGUUGACAAGUCUUUUGAGUGCUUGUACGGGUAGUGGAGCUCUGGGGCAAGGGAGAAGUGCUCAUUGUCAAGUCAUUCAAAUGGGUUUUGAUUCCUAUAUUUAUAUUUGCAAUGCUCUUAUUUCUAUGUAUUGUAAAUGUGGGAGUGUUGAAGAUGCAAUAUUUUUAUUCGAGAAGAUGGCUGGUAAUAAAGAUAUUGUGUCUUGGAAUUCAAUGAUCGCAGGGUAUGCCCAACAUGGUUUUGCAAUGGAAGCUGUUGAACUUUAUGGAAAGAUGAAAGAUGAGAAAAUAAAGCUGGAUGCUAUCACAUUUCUUGGAGUGCUCUCUUCUUGCCGUCAUGCCGGUCUUGUCGAACAAGGGUGUGCUUGUUUUGAUUCAAUGAUUAUACACGGUGUCAAGCCCGCAGAGGAUCAUUAUUCAUGUGUUGUGGAUCUUCUCGGCCGAGCUGGAUUAUUACAAGAGGCUCUAGAUUUUAUUCUAAAGAUGCCUAUUCGUCCCAAUGCUGUUGUAUGGGGUUCUUUGCUUUCUUCUUGCAGGCUUCAUGGGAACAUUUGGAUUGGGAUAAAGGCCGCCGAGAGCAGGCUAUUAUUAGAACCCGAGUGUGCAGCAACCCAUGUUCAGUUGGCAAGUUUAUAUGCUAGCGCAAAGUGGUGGGAUGAGGCGGCUAGAGUGCGUAAAGUGAUGAAAGAUAGGGGACUCAAAACGAAUCCUGGGUAUAGCUGGAUUGAAAUUAAGAAUGAACUUUAUAGGUUUAGAGCAGAAGAUAAAUCGAAUACUAAUGCGAAGGGGAUUCUUGGUGUUUUGAGUUGCUUGGUAGACCAUAUGAAAAUGUUAGGUUACGUGCCAGAAAUGCCCGAGGAAGAUAUUGAUGAUACUUUCUUUUGAAAGCUUUUUAAGUUCUUUAUUGGAACCAGAUACAGUUAUAAAGAUCAUUCCAUUAUGGUCUUUCUGGCUUUUCACUACAUAAGAUUACCGUGUUAUUUAA